UUUCCAAUAUGGCAGCUUCCUUACGAGAGUAAAUCUGGAAGACGUGUAACAUUUGCAUUUUGAUGUCACAACUAUUAUUAGUGGCAGUAGGAUAGCACGCUGCCCAGCAAUUUUAUCGAAUUGAUUUUAAGUGUCUGUGUGGGAAAAUACCUGUGACAAUUAAUGGUUGUUUUGGAAAAAAAGUGUUUCCAUAAUUGACAGCUUGACAAACUACGCCUUCCUGUGUUGUCUGCUAGAAAACGUGUGACCGGUGUUUUGGAAGUUCAACAAGUUGUUACACCUCGUGGAGAUAAAUAUUCUGUCUGUAACUACAUGUGAGGCUAAGUUACCUUACCGCUGUCAUAAAGCAAUUUGAUAAGUUGGAUCAAUAUGGCAAGUCGAGCAAAAAGCGACCCAGCAGUGGCCAAAAAAUUGCUGGAAAAUCUGCAGAAUGACUUACGAACUUUGUCUUCAGAGAGUAAGAGGAGACAUCCAGAGGUGAAAGAGGCUGCUGAAACCAUUCAGUUGAAGUUAAGGACUAUUGUAUCCAAGAAUGAAAACCUAAUUACAGGCCUGAUUCCAGCAAGUUCAGACAUUGUACAUCCUUUUGUCCUGGGCUGUGAGACGAAGAGCCCCAAGCUGGUGCACCAGGGUCUGGUUGCUGUGCAGCGACUUAUAUCUCAUGAAGCCAUAUCUACAGCUGCAGCAGACAGAAUCAUCACCAUGCUGUGGAUGUUGAUGGAGGGAGGGCUGGAGGAACUGAAGCUGCUGCAGACCGCCAUCUUGUUGAUCACUACCAACUCUGUGGUUCAGCAUGAUGCACUGGCUAAGGCCCUUGUCUUGUGUUUCCGGCUGCAUUUCACCAAGGACAGCACCACCAUCAACACAGCAGCUGCCACCAUCAAGCAGCUGGUCAGCAUCGUCUUCGACAGAGUUGUUGCUGAGGAUAGGAUACAAACAAAUGAGCCACUAGAACCAAUAAAUACUGACGAGCUGAAGGCAGGCAGCAGAACACCUCCCAGAUCACUCAAACCUUGUGCUGGGGACGCAUAUCUCUUAUUCCAGGACCUUUGUCAGCUGGUGAAUGCUGACCAGCCCUAUUGGCUGAUGGGCAUGACGGAGAUGACGCGCACGUUUGGCCUGGAGCUCUUAGAGUCUGUUCUCACCAGCUACACAUCAGUAUUCUCAAAGCACCCGGAGUUCAGCUUCAUGUUGAAGGAGAAGGUGUGCCCUCUAGUGAUCAAACUGUUCUCCCCGAGUCUCAAAUAUCGCCAGGGCCUCCCGCCAGCCCCCUCACCUGCACCUGUAGAAAAACCAUUCUUCCCCAUUGUCAUGAGGCUUCUCAGGAUUGUGUCAAUACUCAUCAGGGGAUACUAUCAGUUACUGGUGACGGAGUGUGAGAUUUUCCUGUCGCUUCUCGUGAAGUUCCUGGAACCAGAGAAACCAAUAUGGCAGCGCAGCCUUGCUCUGGAGGUGCUACACAAGCUCUGUACACAACAUGUUCUCAUCAAAUGUUUUUGUGAAUCAUAUGACAUGAAACCACAUUCCACAAAGAUUUUCCGAGACAUCGUCAAUGCUGUGGGGGCCUUCAUUCAGUCCCAGUUCAUGAGCAGUCCUGGUGGCCCUGCCGGCCAGAGCAGUAACAAAGUGCCUGACACCCAGGGGACCCCCCCUGCCCUCGUGGCGGGGCUGCCUGUAGGGGGAGGGGUCAGCCCCCAGCCGGCCUUCAUGUACAGGGGAGUAUGGAUUCCUCUGGUGGUGUCUAUCCCAUCUGUGCAGUCAAAACCUGUGUACCUGGAGAUGUUGGACAAGAUAGAUCCUCCAGUUAUACCCGAUGGGUAUGGAGUGUCUCUGGCCUUCUACUGCCUGCUGUCCGUAGUGAAGAGCGUCAAGCUCCUCAUUGAAGGGGAAGGCGACGAAUCCACCAAGGACGUUGACAAACCUCACAAUCCCAAACCUGCAGUCAAGGCGCCAGAAAAGACGGAGACUGAGCGGGUGUUACAUGAGGAACUGAUCAACUCCUCGUGGUGUGGGAUGCUGGCUGCACUGUCUCUCCUCCUUGAUGCUAGUACUGAUGAAAGCGCCACAGAGGCAGUCCUCAACUCACAGCAAGCGUACGCCAGUCUGUGUGGUCACCUCGGCAUGAACACCCCGAGAGACGCGUUCAUCACGGCGCUGUGUAAAGCUUCCCUGCCCCCCCACUACACGCUCACCAUCCUACACUCACAGGCCCCGGGUGCUUCAAGUCCUAAAGCACUAACAUUUGGACGUACUCCAAGUCAGGAGGCUCAGGUUGGUGGGAUGGAAGCCAUUGAGAGGAGUCAAGUCGUGGCUGUCGGGUCUCCCCUACCCACAGCCUCGCUCCCAGUCGGGGCUCAUCAGGGACCGGUCAUGCUGACGGCGAAGAACAUCCAGUGUAUGAGGGCUCUUCUGAGUGUGGCCCACUGUCAUGGGGGGAUCCUGGGCACCGCCUGGCACCUGGUGCUGACAACUCUACAGCACCUGGUGUGGAUCCUGGGUCUGAAGCCAUCGUCUAACGGCAGCCUGAAGGCGGGGCAGCAGAUCAGCGAGUCCUCCACUAGCGUCAUAACAACUGCCGUCAUGGCCGACCUGCCGGUUCUCUCUGCCAUGUUGUCACGACUCUUCGAAAGUUCACAAUACCUGGACGACGUGGCCCUCCACCAUCUGAUUGAUGCUCUGUGCAAGUUAUCUACCGAGUCCAUGGACCUGGCUUACUCCAACAAGGGAAUCUAUUACUGGGAGGCAGAGCCUUCCUUGUUUGCCGUUGCCAAGCUUCUGGAGACGGGUCUCGUGAACCUGUCCCGUGUCGAAGUGUUGUGGAGACCGGUCACAGCACACUUGCUGGAGGUAUGUGGAAUUAAGUUGAAUAUUAUUCAGCAAAUAAUCUCGAUUUUCCUUUCCAGAUGCCUGUUGCCAUGGAGAGAUGAUGGCUUUAAUUGUUUUCGUUUCUGUCAGUUUUUAGGUAUUGAUAAGGAUGUUGUGAUCGAGUGACAUGACUCGCUGUUUCACUUGAAGACUUUUUUGUUUGUAUGAUCUCUCACAUUUCUGUGUAGUUUUAUGUUCACUUAUGACACAAACUCGAACACUGUUACAACGACACAUCAGCUUUCUGACCAGCCUGAAACCCAUUUUGUUGAAACCAUGAGUGCAUCAUGUUUCAAUGGUGUUGUUGAAACAAUCGGUUUGGGCUGAUGUCUCAGAAGUUGAAGCAUGUCACACUUACGAAAAAUACAACAAAACAUGGAUGCACUUCAAAACAACAUGGAUGUGACCUCGGAGACCUCAACACAACAUGGGUGGACCUCAGAGACCUCAACACAACAUGGGUGGACCUCGGAGACCUUAACACAACAUGGGUGGACCUCAGAGACCUCAACACAACAUGGGUGGACCUC